CACAUUGGCAUCACUGACACAAUUUGUAUAGUUGAGUCUCGAACCAUAUUUGGUCUUCACACGCCGCUGUUCUCUAAUGUAAACAUUGAAUGCAUCUUGCAAAAAAUCAUAUCAGAUAGAAAAUAUAUUAGAAAAAACAAUUUCCAGAAUAUCGUUUAUGAAAAUGACGAAGGUGAUUUUAGAAGUUUGUGUUGAUAGUGUCGAAUCUGCAGUGGCGGCUGUUGCCGGCGGUGCUGACCGACUCGAGUUGUGCUCUUCUCUGGUAGAUGGCGGACUCACUCCUACCCCCGGCUUUUUAAUUCAAUGUAAAAAUUUAUUUUGCCAGAAAAACAUUUCUUUUUUCUGUCUCAUACGAUGUCGACCAGGAAAUUUUAUUUAUGACCACAAUGAAGUCGAGAUUAUGAAGGAGGAUGCAAAAAUAUUGAGAAAGCAUGGAGCCGAUGGCUUUGUUUUUGGAGCAUUGUCAGAAAAUGGGGAUGUGAACAUGAAAAUAUGUCGGGAAAUAAUCAGAGUGUGCCAUCCGCUGCCAGUAACAUUCCACAGAGCUUUUGAUUUUUGUAAAAGACCCACAAUUGAAGUGGAAGUUAUUAUAGAUUUAGGUUUCGAAAGAAUUCUCACAAGUGGGAAACAACAAAAUGCACAACUGGGAGUCAAACUGAUCCAAAAACUAAUGGAGCAAGUUGGAAACAGGAUCAUUAUCAUGCCAGGUGGAGGUAUCACUAAAGACAAUGUAAAAUACAUUUUGGAAAAUACAGAAGCUAAAGAAAUUCAUGGGUCUUUCAAAUCCCUUAAGGAAGAAACUGAAACAACUCAAUCUGAGGAAGAUAAAGUACCGAUUGGAGAAAGACAGGGUUCAUCUUAUGUUACUAGUGAAAGCACUGUUAGUGAAAUUGUUGAUAUUAUAAAAAAUGUUUAGUUUUCUAAUGCAUGAGAAACAUAAAUGUGUUGAUGUUGUUUCCAUUAAACUAUACUAGUAAUUUUUUUUAGUAAAAAUAUUUAUUUUGGUG